UUUGUGCUUGUAUUGGAUUGUGUAGCUGUAUGGUACGCAUAUUGGUGGUGGUGAAUAAGUCCAUCGCAUCUUAUAUAGGGUUUUGGAUCUCUAAAUCCUGGUAACAAGCCAUUUUCUUUAAAUUCAAUCAAUCGUAUCAUCCAGAAGCAGUCAGCUUUUCCCGAUGGCUUCAAAUUCGCUCAAGGAUCUUACAGCUGAUAAAAAAGCAGGUUCAACAGAGAACAAAAAUGCCAAAUCCGAAACAUCCUCUGGGGAGGUCCAGUCAGGACAAAGAAGAGCGGCCUCUCCACCAGGAGCUGGGAUUCCUGCUGAUCCUUUUGAUUUUUCUGAAACAUCCUCUGGGGAGGUCCAGUCAGGACAAAGAAGAGCGACCUCUCCACCAGGGGCUGGGAUUCCUCCCAAUCCUUUUGAUUUUUCUGAAACAUCCUCUGGGGGGGUCCAGUCAGGACAAAGAAGAGCGACCUCUCCACCAGGGGCUGGGAUUCCUCCCAAUCCUUUUGAUUUCUCAGCCAUGACUGGCCUGCUUAAUGAUCCAAGCAUUAAGGAUCUAGCUGAACAGAUAGCAAGAGAUCCCUCAUUCAACCAGAUGGCAGAGCAGCUCCAGAAGACUUUUCAGGGUGCAUCAAUUGAAGAAGGCAUCCCUCAGUUUGAUACUCAACAAUAUUACAACACCAUGCAACAGGUUAUGCAGAAUCCCCAAUUUAUGACCAUGGCUGAGAGGCUUGGUAAUGCAUUAAUGCAGGAUCCAUCAAUGUCUCACGUGCUUGAAAGCUUUACAAAUCCAUCAAACAAAGACCAGCUUGAGGAGCGAAUGGCACGCAUCAAGGAAGAUCCAUCUCUCAAGCCUAUUUUAGAAGAGAUAGAGAACGGUGGUCCAGCUGCCAUGAUGAGGUACUGGAAUGAUAAGGAGGUUCUGCAGAAGUUGGGUGAAGCAAUGGGUGUUGCAGUUUCAGGAGAUGCAACUACUUCUGCUGAAAAUUCUGUGCCAGAUGAAGCUGAAGAUCUGGGUAAUGAGGAUGAGUCAAUUGUUCAUCAAACUGCUAGUGUUGGUGAUGUAGAGGGUUUGAAAAAUGCACUAGCCUCUGGUGCUGAUAAAGAUGAAGAAGAUUCAGAGGGAAGGACAGCAUUGCAUUUUGCAUGCGGAUAUGGUGAGGUGAAGUGUGCUCAGGUCCUUCUUGAGGCUGGUGCAACGGUGGAUGCUUUGGACAAGAAUAAAAAUACUGCCCUUCAUUAUGCAGCUGGUUAUGGAAGGAAGGAGUGCGUUGCACUGCUGCUGGAGAAUGGUGCAGCUGUGACUCUUCAGAACUUGGAUGGAAAGACUCCCAUUGAUGUCGCCAAGCUAAACAACCAACACGAGGUGCUGAAGCUGCUCGAGAAGGAUGCCUUCCUGUAACUUAUGUAGGCAUGGUGGCAUACAUAUUUCUGGCUCUUGCAUGUCAUAGGCAUUUUAUUGUGCGUUAGACCAAUUUGCUUUGAUCAGCAUGAGGAUGUAGUCACCACAACUUGAUGCAUUGUCUAUCCUAUUUUUACUCUGAUUGCCACAUUGCUUAACAUAAA